GAAACUGCACCUCCCCGAGCCUUUGCAGUGCAAUGUCCCGCCUGCUACAUGCUGAAGAGUGGGCUGAAGUGAAGGAGUUGGGGGACCACCAUCGCCAUCCUCAGCCGCACCACCUCGCGCAACCGCCGCCACAGCCACCUGCCACCCUUCAGGCGAGAGAGCAUCCAGUCUACCCGGCGGAGCUGUCCCUCCUGGACAGCACAGACCCACGCGCCUGGCUGGCUCCCACUUUGCAGGGCAUCUGUACGGCACGCGCCGCCCAGUAUUUGCUACAUUCUCCUGAGCUGGGUGCCUCGGAGGCCGCUGCGCCCCAAGACGAGGCGGACGGCCGGGGCGAUCUGGUAAGGAGAAGCACCAGCGACGGCAACGUCAGCAAAAGUCCAGGACCGGUGAAAGUGCGGGAACAGUUGUGCAAGCUGAAAGGAGGGGUGGUGGUGGAUGAGUUGGGCUGCAGCCGCCAGAGAGCCCCUUCCAGCAAACAGGUGAAUGGAGUGCAGAAGCAAAGACGGUUGGCGGCCAACGCCAGGGAGCGGCGCAGGAUGCACGGGCUGAACCAUGCCUUUGACCAGCUGCGCAAUGUUAUCCCGUCGUUCAACAACGACAAGAAGCUAUCCAAAUAUGAGACCCUGCAGAUGGCCCAGAUCUACAUCAACGCCCUGUCGGAGCUGCUACAAACCCCCAGCGGCGGGGAGCAGCCAUCGCCGCCGCCAGCUUCCUGCAAAAGUGACCACCACCACCUUCGUGCUGCAGCCUCCUACGAAGGCGGUUCGGGCACAGCCACAGCAUCUGGGGCUCAACCAGCUUCCGGAGGGGGCCAGCGACCGACCCCACCCGGGAGUUGUCGGACACGCUUUUCCGCCCCGGCCUCCGCGGGAGGUUACUCGGUGCAGCUAGACGCUUUGCACUUCUCGACUUUCGAGGACAGCGCCCUGACAGCGAUGAUGGCGCAAAAAAACUUGACGCCUUCGCUGCCUGGGGGCAUCCUGCAGCCAGUGCAGGAGGAUAGUAGCAAAACUUCCCCCCGGUCCCACAGAAGCGACGGGGAGUUUUCUCCCCAUUCCCAUUACAGUGACUCGGAUGAGGCAAGUUAGAAAGGUGACAAAACCCUGAAAACGGAGACAGAAACAAAAUUGCCCUUUCCCAGUGCGCGGGAAGCCCCGCG